AUGAAGAAGAUGACAGAGGCGGGCGCGCGGCUAAAGGAUAUGUUGGCGGCGGCAUCUGUUGGAGAGGAUAUGCCGCCGAAGACCUCGCCGGAGAAUGGGGUGGAUUCGGACUGGCCACCUAGCCAUCGGCGGGAUCACGCGCUGCUUGAGAAGGAGCAAAUGAGGGAGGUCGGCGGCGGAACUAUGCUCUCGUGCGAGCAGUUGCCUCUCCGCCCCUUGCUCGAAAACCCUACCACCCAUAUUCCAUGGGCUGGAUCGUCGGCCCGAGUGUGUUCUGUGCGAGCGUGUUUUGGGAUUAAGAGGUUUGGGUUGCAGAGAUCGACGAGAGCAGUUCCAACUAAUGCGCCGAGCUGUUUGGAUUGGAAAUGCUAA